AUGAAAUUAAAUCUUCUUCUCGCAAUCCUCUUGACGCUUGUCGUUAUUUCCCAAGCAGUUCCUACAGGAACUAUUGAAGAAAGAAGCGAUUGUCCUCCUUACACGGAAGCUGCUUCAAGUUGUG